AUGUCGGUCGGUCGUUACCUAGCCACGCGGCUACCGACUUUGAAGCCACCGAUGGAUCGAGUCGAGAAUCCCUUCUCGCUCUUAGCUACGCUCAGCUUGAAGCAAUGGAUGUUCUUCCUAUGCGCUUUCUUGGCAUGGACAUGGGACGCUUUCGACUUCUUCACCGUCAGCCUGACAGUGUCAGAUCUUGCCGUCACAUUCAACGAGACAACCAAGAACAUCACUUGGGGUAUCACGCUCGUGUUGAUGUUCAGGUCGGUGGGAGCAAUCAUCUUUGGCCUGGCGGCAGAUCGCUACGGGAGGAAGUGGCCUUUCGUAGUGAACAACCUUCUGUUCAUUGCGCUCGAGCUUGGUACAGGCUUUACGCGCACUUACCGACAAUUCCUUGCGUGUCGAGCCUUGUUCGGCAUUGCUAUGGGUGGUCUUUAUGGUAACGCUGCCUCCACCGCGUUGGAGGAUGUCCCGGAGAAGGCUCGUGGGAUUGUGUCCGGUAUGCUCCAGCAAGGCUACGCCUUCGGCUACCUUCUGGCGACAGCCUUUGCCCGUGGUCUGGUCAACACAACACCGCAUGGCUGGCGGCCACUCUUCUGGUUUGGAGCCUGCCCACCGAUACUCAUUAUUGCCUUCCGACUCUGCUUGCCGGAGACCGACACUUUCAUCGAGCGUCAGCGCGUCCGCGCCGCAGGCGACAAUGUUGGCAAGACCUUCCUCAACGAGGGCAAGGUGGCGCUCAAGCGGCACUGGCUUCUCUUGAUCUACCUAGUCUUGCUGAUGGCAGGCUUCAACUUCAUGAGCCAUGGUAGCCAGGAUCUUUAUCCCACCAUGCUCUCGAAUCAGUACAAUUUUGGUGCCAAUGCGGUCACCGUGACCCAGGUCGUGGCAAACUUAGGCGCCAUGACAGGCGGCACCAUCGUCGGCUACCUGUCGCAGAUGUUUGGACGCCGCUUUUCCAUCAUCUUUAUCUGCAUCGUCGGAGGCGCACUUCUCUACCCAUACAGUUUCGUGGGCAGUAAAAGUGUUAUCGCAGCCGCCUUUUUCGAACAAUUCUGCGUGCAAGGCGCUUGGGGCGUGAUCCCCAUCCACCUCAUGGAGCUGUCUCCGGGCAGUUUCAGGACCUUUGUCGUCGGCACCUCUUACCAGCUUGGCAACCUCGUCUCUUCGGCAAGCAGCACGAUUGAGGCUACAAUCGGCGAGCGGUUUCCAUUGCCACCAAAAAUUGCUGGUGGGAAGAAGAUUCUUCGCUACCGAUACGGUAUCGUCAUCGCGAUCUUCAUGGGCUGCGUGUACGCGUACGUGAUCGUCCUCACCAUUUUGGGACCAGAAUACAAGAAUCGCAAGUUCGACAUUGCGCAUGACGAUGACCUUCAGGAGGCCGCUGGUCACGAUGCAGUCGAGGCGGUAGCACACGGCUCGACAGGCCACCGACACGGCUCCGACGACGAGCAGUUCGAGAAGGCCUAG